ACAUCAACUUGGACUUAAAUGCAUAUCAAUGUGUAAUAAACACAGACUUUUGAGCUCUUUUGUGAAGUAAACGCAAUCUGGCAUAUCGCGAGCUAAAAAAAGAAUCAAAACAGGAAGUUGGCACAGGCGCCACUUGCAAAGGAUUCUAGUUUCUCGAAGAACACAAAAUUGUCUCUUUUCAUAAUGCUUAUUUUGGCAAAAAUAUCUCAUUCGGCCCUUUCCCCCCUUUAGAAAUAUACAGAGCAACGAAAUUGUCAUCAAAACUCAACAGUAUGGCUGAAGAAUUUGAAGUGAUAUUUGUGAAACCUUCUGAUGAUGAGGAGAACAGCUCUACUUUAUCAGAAGCUUUUGAGGGGCUCAAAGAAAGCACACACAAUUUCAAACCUUACUGGACCACUCAAGAAGAGUGCUUGAAAGUAGAUGGUAAAGGGAAGCAGAUCUACAUAUGUGAUCCAUUUUCUGGGCCAGCGUUUGAAUGUUUGAAGCGCCAUGGAUACAGAAUUUAUGGACCUCGCUGCAUUUUGUCCUGCCUGGCUCAUGGCGUAGAGCUUCCAAGAAGCAAAAUGGGGCCUGUGUACAAUUUGGCAAUGAAGGGAGUCAAGAUCUGUUGUACUUCCAUUGACAAAGCUGCUCGGGAAGAAAUCACGAAAAAAGUUCAUUUGAUGGCAGGAGACAUAGAUUGUAAUUUGACCAAAGAUGUGACUCAUGUUGUUGCUGGAGAAGUUGGCAGUCACAAGUAUAUGGUUGCUUUAGACAAUGAAAAACAGGUCAUGGUCAAAGACUGGGUUUUUAAAGUAUGGGAAAUGGCUCAGGACAGGCACAUUGUGGCCACAGAUGACUGCUUUGACAAGUACAAGUGUCCCGCAUUUUUAGGCCUCACCGUGGUUGUGUCUGGAUUCAGCAGCAGUGAACGCAAUCAGCUGAAAAGUUUUGUGACUCGUGGAGGUGGAAAAUAUUCGGGAGAACUAAAGAUGAAUGAGUGCACUCAUCUUGUUGUGAAAGAAGCGAAAGGAGCUAAAUAUGAGGCAGCAAAAAACUGGAAGAUCAGAAUUCUUCAUGACAAAUGGGUCUAUGACUGCAUGGACAAAAAGAGAUACCUUGACCCUGAGCCUUAUCAAUGUGGAAAAAAUGUGCCUGGCAGAAAUGUGAAAACAUCCACACCAGAACGACGUUCAGUGAUAGGUCCUCACAUAUCUGACGUCAGUGCCAUCACAUCUGGGGGGAACAGUUCGACAUUCCACCAGGCAGACGAAACAUCAGAUAUGACUGUGAUGAGGUUGCAAAAUCAGUCUGCUCGUACAGUGGCAGAGACAAGAAUAGAUGAUACUACCGCAGAUGGGGAUAUCACUGUCACUGCAGCUGAUGUUUUUUUGGAUGACUGUAAGAUAUACUUCAGUGGCUUGCGACCUGCUUUGGAAGAGAAACUUAGGAAGAUUGUGAUUUCAGGAGGUGGCUUGAGGACGACAGAACUUUCGGAAAGUGUGACACAUGUGGUGAUGGGGGAACUUGUUUCAGCUGAUAUUUUGCAACUCAAUAAAAUGUCUGAAUGCCCUUUUGUCGUCAGAACAGACUGGCUUUUGGACUGCUUUCGUCAACGAGCACAUUUAACUGAGAGAGUGUAUUUGAGAGAAGAUCUAGGACUGCCCAUGCAAGGCGUCGGCGUUUUGAAGACUUCCAGCUCAAAGUCAGAAAGGUUGCCAAGCCCACAAAUCAGUAAAAAACAAAAUGACAGCGCAAACAAGGAAACUUCAAAGUCAGAUGACAUGAAUAAAGAAGCACCCAGUGACCUUGAGAUGGCAGAGCUGCUGAGCCAGUACAUGGAGCCACCUGAUGAAGGACGAUGUGAAAACAAUGAAAAGGAGCAACCCAACAGAGAAGAGAAAGAUGAUGUGGGAGCAAAUCGUGAGAUGGAAGAAGAACUCACCCAGGACCCGACUGAAGUGGAAGAACAAGAUGAAAGGUUCUUUACAGGCAAAACAUUCAUUAUUCUUGGCUUUGGGGAAGAAGAAACAGAUCAGCUCACAGAGUUCAUUGUAUCAAAAGGAGGACGGGUUUUCUCUCAAGAUAAAAAACGCAGGGUGAUAGACAUUGCUAUUGUGCCACUGAUGGGGUUCCCAGUGGAUGUGACAGUGUCUGAGAUCCUUACCAAUGGUUGGUUGCAAAUGUGUAUAGAAGCAGAUAGAUUCCUUGAGUAUGACGAACACUGGGUGUCUAGACCCAUUGAGCUACCUGAUAAUGAGCCUCUUUCUGGGUGCUGCAUCAGUGUGAGUGGUUAUGUUGGAGUGGAGCGGGAGUGCAUCAUUCAUCUUGCCCAGUCUCUCGGUGCCUUCUGCCAAGACCACUUUGUACGCAAGUCGAAUGAUAAAAUGAAAGUGAAUACUCACCUCAUUGUCAGUGAUAGCUCUGGGUCAAACAAGUACAAUGCUGCUAAGAAGUGGAAGUUGCCGGCUGUAGGCAAAGAGUGGCUCUUGGCUUGUGUGUCUGCAAGACAACAUAUACCGGAGGCAGAGUAUGCCAUUGAAGUACUAGAACGUAAAAGAUCAGAAGUUGAUCAAAGUGUUGAGACCCCUCAAAGGAGUGGAAACAAGAGUGCACUUUCAAACACACCAGAAUUAGCUCGAUCCCGGAAAUCUUAUGCUCUUGAGAAAGAAAAGAGCAUUUCUCCUGACCCUUAUGAACCUAAGGAAGGAGUUGAGAGAAAGUCUAGGACUGAGGAUUUGAGGAAAGAUCCUGUUGCAGCCUCUACCAGUCCUGGAGCUCUCUCAAAAAACCACGGGAUACCCAGUGAAAUACCAGUUCCCUCUUCUUCUUCUGAGAGUGUUGGUAUCAAAGACAAAAAUGCUUCAGUUGACAACCCAAUGGCACAAGUGACACACCAGUUAUUGGGGACCUCUGAUGGGUCAAACAGUCAUCUCCACAAGUCAAAUAAUUUAACUCCAAGAAGUGCAUGUCGACCAAAUCAAAGUGAGAACAUUACAGCUGGGAAUUCAAAGACCCCAGUCAGCCUGAGAAGACAGCUUUUGGCUGGCCAGGGCAGUGCACAGCCCAUGUCAUCCACCCCCUUGGGUCUAGUCAAAGGCGGUGGAGAAACCCCAAGUACAUUUCUCAAGCCAGGAUUUAAACCUAAUUUUAAUCUGGAUGGGGUCUUUACCACUCCAGAUACAAAAACAGACCUUGAUAAAUCCACACCCCUGGGAGAGGUUUUUAGCCGACAGAUAACAAAAGCUGCGCAGAAUUCUGCUUUCAAUAAUGCAUCGUCUCAAGAUGGAGAGAUGCCAGCGAGCCAGGGUGUGCUUGAUCAGCAAGCACCUCUCCAUGGCGUGGUUAUUGCUGUGGCGAAAAAGCUUGGUCACAGUCAUGAUGAGUACAACAUGAUGGUGGUUGAGUUAGGAGGGGACUACUCCUGGCAUAGCGGAGAUCAUGUCACACACUUUGUCUUUCAGGGACGACCAAAUGAUGUUAAUAAAGAAUUCCGGAAAGCAAGAGAGGAAGGAAAAACGAUUGUGUCUCCACACUGGCUGUAUGCUUGCAAGGAGCAAAAUUGCAGAGUUGAUGAAACCCUUUUUCCUCAUAAUUACAACCCUAACUACCGUCUGAUGAUGACUCCAUCUAAAAGAGGCACUCCAAGCCGAAGUACCAGAGCAGCUGCAAAGAUGGCAGGAUCGAGUGAAGUGACCACCAAGCCGGACACUCUGCCGGGCGUGACACCGGCCAAGAAAGCUCCCCUGCUGAACAUUGUGGCAGUCGAGAAGAAAAAUUCGUCAGCUCACGGGAGGUCCAGUCGUAAAGAUAACCCAGUUGUUGCAGAAACCAGCAGUGGGAGUGAUGCGAGCUCAGCUGUUGGAGAGGUUUCAAAAAACAUGUUUCCAACAGAAAAGGGGACUGUCAAAGGUGUAGUGGGACACAAGGAAGAUACCCCUCACAAUCCUAGCACGACUCAUGGGGAUGACAGUAGUAUCGUCACCAAAGAGAGUUCUGUAGAUCGAAGUAAAAGUCAAGAAAUAAAGAAAGCCCUUACAGAAACUUUAGGCAAUGCUCUAGCUGGAGCUUCAAGAUCAAAUAGAACAAGAAGGAAAGGGAAGCGACUUAAUUUGAGUGGUCAGCUGAGUGCUUCAGAGAGUAACUUGUCAGGAAACAGCCCAUGGGGUAACAAAGAGUCAAAAGCGGAUACAAGUGCAAUGGAACUUCCCCAGAGUGUACAGGUCACCUGGGAUGAUCCCACUGGCAGGUUAGAAGAAGAAAAACUGGCCCACAGAUUAGCUCGUGUUUGUGAUCCAAGCCAAAAUACAGAUGACAUGUUGGCAGCAAUGGAUUAUCAGGUUGACAAGCCUGCCUCUGAGAAUGGAGGACUAGCUGCUCAGACAAGUUCAAAGCUUCCAUCUUGUAGGUCCCCUACACCGGAACCUCCACCCUUAGCGUUUCCUGUUGCAAAACCGGCUUCUAAAGUGCUGUCCCCUGAGCCAGUGGAAUUGCUUAGCGAAGAAAGUAGCGAUAGCCGUGCUGAGCACAUCACGAAGGCAGCACCAGUAAUCCUGGUUUCGGGGAUGAGUAAUGAGGAAAGAGUGGAUUACUCAGCUCUGGUAGAGCAGCUUGGGGGAAAGAUGCUUGAGAAGCAACACUUUGACCCCACGUGCACACACCUCAUUGUUGGUCAGCCAACAAGAAAUGAGAAGUUUCUUUCCUGUGUUGCUUCUGGAAAGUGGGUGCUACAUAAAUCAUUCUUGGAAGCUUGUCGAAAAGAAGGAAAGUUUGUUGCGGAAGAAGCCCAUGAAUGGGGCAGCAGUUUCACCCUUCCAUUGAUGCAGGACAUGACGGCACAAGCCAAUAAACUGGCAGCUGCAGCGCACAAGUGGAGAAAGAAAGUUGCUGCUAUGAAGAAGAGCAAAAGUUUGGUGACAGGAGCCUUUCAUGGCUGGAAGAUUCUCCUGUGUCUUGACAGAGCAAAGCAGGAAAACUUCCAGCGUCUGCUAGCUGCAGGUGGUGCUGAUGUGUCCAUUCUCAGGCCUCCAUUCCCUUCAAGAGUUCAUGGCACCCAUGUUUUCAUUGAGUUGAACAAAGUCAAGAUAUCCCAGGAGGACUUGGAGAAACUCGUCUCGGAGGAUAUCCACUGUUUAAAACCAGAAUUUAUUCCGGCUUACCUCACAGAUGACCCACCUCCUGAUCCGUCAGAGUUCUGCCCAGGAGAAAUUGUAGCUUUGAAGGCUUGCAUGCCAGAUCCCCCACGAAGGAAAAGGCAGUUAUCAUCCAAUGAUUCCAAACAUUCGUCGAACAAGGCACCAAGACGAUGAUGCAUGUCUUUUUAUAUAUACUUAUAUGUUUUUGUAUGAGGUGACUCUUUAUUCCUUUGUCAAUUCUUGAAGGUAGUCCCAGUGUCAUUUAUGGGGGGGGGGGGGGGGGGGGGGGGGGGUGUUGUUAAAAGGAAAAUUCUGUAGACCUAAUUCUGAAUGAAAGGAAUGGAACUUUUUUACUGGUAAAUUUUGACUGUUCACGCGCAAUGGCUAUGUGUUGUUGAAAUUUCCUUUUGUUUACAAAAUUACCCUCUGAAAAUCCUGCAAAUUGGACUUCUUAUGUCUGGCAUAGCAAGGAAUCUUCAAUAAGAACAACUAAAAAUUCACACUCCCGUGACUCCCUUCUGUGUUUUUUAUAUGUAUGAAAGAAUUUCAAGAGGGGAUGGGGCAUAUUGUGUCACUUAAAGAGAUCAUAAUCUGUGCUGUCCGUCCCUACACACCGUAGUGUGUUUUGCGGAUGUGCUCUUACUUAGUAUCUUUUUCCUUUUGGGUGACUUGACUGACCACUGACUUCCAAUUUGCGAUGAACCCCAAGUGCGAUCAUGACUAGUGUAGUUCAUAACAUACAAUGCUUUAAAUUCCCUCCCUUCUUUUUUUCCCCCUACUAAGAGGAAAAGUUAGGUACUGUAAAUAGGGAAAAGGUAAUGAGAGCAACAGGCUUUCAUUUGUUACCAAAUUAUACUAUGCGUUUUGUGGUACCCAUUUGUUGGUACUAUCUAUGAGGCGUGGGCACCAAAUUUUUACUGUAAAUAAUGUUUCUUUCAUCCAAGCCCAAGUGACGGACUUGUGAAACAUGGAUUUGAAGUAUACAAAUUGAUACUACAGUUAGAUUGUGUAUAUAUAAACUUCUUCUGAAACCUGGAUAUGAAGUAUACAAAUUGAUAAUACAGUCAGAGUGUGUACAUAAACUACUUUUUAGGGGGCUUGGAUUGGUUUAGUAUGUUGUGGAUGAGUUACGGAGUAAAAGGCCCUUUUAGAGAGGUAUGAGAGUGUGGAGCCUGAAGGUGCUGCUGGGUUCUCAGCAUUUUUGUCUUGUCUGCCUAUUUUGUAAAGUUGUCGCCUGCUGCUAUCGUGGUGUGUUUAUUCUGUCUGUCACUUCUUUCAAAUAUUUGUGGGAAUAUGUUUGUCUUUCAGUCAAGUAGAGACCUGAGUGGGUAGGACCUAAGCACAAUAUACAGUAACAUGGAUAGCUCGAAUUCGCCAGGACUGGCCUCAGUAGUUCGAGAGAUCCGUAGUUCGAGGGAUAUCUUACAAAGAUGAAGAAAAGAAAAAAAUCCGGGAAAGCUGGUACAGUUUGAUGGAUGCUUGAUUUCGAGUUUUCUGUGUUCAACCUAUCCGUGUUAUACUCUAAUUGAAGUGAGGGGGGUUGGAGGAGGGAGGGAGGAAUAUUUAUGAUGACAGGAAAGAGGGCGUGUGCUGUCUGAUUUGUCUUUCUCCCACUCCUCAUCCCUCUUACUCUCACGAAAAUGCAAGCACUCACCCGCGCGCACGCACACACACGCAUACACACACAUGCAUCUGAGUACAAGAGAUCGUGUGAAAUUAUAUUUACAGAAAGAAUAAUGGCUUCUCUGUAAUUUGUGUCGAUGACUAUGUGGUUUAUUUGAUUAAAAGAUAAACUUUCAUGUAGUAUCUAAGCAGAAACUAUGAAGUAUUUUACCACCAGAGAACUGUUAUUGUGAUGGAUAAAUUGGCGUUUUUGCAGGUUCAGAGUGUCAAUGUGGGUUGUUGGCGGAUGCUCUGGUGUGGUUUGCUCCUUCUUUCCUAUCAAACAUCUAUCGUCCUUAUCUCUCCUACUUCUCUUUUGUGUUUGUUACUCCGUUGUAACACCUCUAAUCUUCGGCACUUCUAUGACCUUAGAGUGUUGCAAGUGCAGUACAACACUUACUAAACUAACCGAGUGUCAAUGUUAUUGAACAACGGGCAUUAUUUGAUACGUAAUGCUGUUCCGUUUGGGGGUAACUUGUGUUUAGAAAUGUAAAUGUGAACUGGUUCAUUUUUUGUUUGAGUUGUCAUUCUUGGUUAUUAUAAUGAUUACAGUUAUUAAUUGAUGUACAGACAACUGCUAUUCAAGUUAUGUGAAUUUGAACAUUGUAUGUGAGAGACCAAUAAAUGUUGAAUGCAUGUAUGCAUCGUGGUAUCUUU